AUGCGAUUCCACCCCCAGUUGAAUGGUUUGAGAAGAUUGGAUACCGGCGGAUCCGUAGCCAUCUGUUAUGAUAUUACUUUUUCGCAUGAGAAGCUGGCACGGCUGACAAGGGAGAGAUUUGCAUAUCGACGUCCUCUGGGACCUGUCGAAUCAUCGAAUUGGCAGUGGCGAGAUCCCAUGUCUCCCAAGCCACUGAAGGUCUGUGUUCCCAGGGGCGCUCUUACUUCGGACCUGUUGUUCCACUCUGUCCACCUCCGCGAGCUGGAAGACGUUGAUGUAAAUCGUAACACAUCAAGCUGCCCCCAACUUUCCACAGCAGCCAUGAUAAUUUGCAAGAAACGACCAAAUGGCGCAAUACGAGCAAUAGCCUGCUGA